UUGACUAAUUUAUAUACAGAGUACACAAGCAUACAUAAAAUAUUACUAAUAUUUUUUUAAUCGCGUUUCUGCGAAACGUAGCGAAAUGAAAGUGUGCCAAAACAAAACAGAAAGUGAAUUCUAGAAUUCUUAUUAAAAGUGGCGGCAAUAUGAUGAUCGAUCUUAACACCGUGCCAUUGUCUGCACUUACAAAUGAAUCUCGAAGUUUAUUAUCAUCUCGUUUAAACACAAGAAAAGUUUUGCCAAUUGUUGGACCUGAUCAUCUUUCACGACACAGAGACUGGAGAGGACUGGCGUCUCUUGCCAAUAUAUCAACUGAAGUAGCAGCAACCUUAAAUGACUGUCAAGAUAAAACGGCUAAGGUUAUAGAUAUAUGGACAAAGUUUAAUGAUGGGUCGGAUACCGUUGGACGACUAUUGGAUUACCUUCAAAUAUUAGAUAGAUACGAUGUUUAUGAAGAUUUACUGGUGCUGGCUAGAGAAGAAAAACUGAUAGUUCCAAGAAAUCAAAGCAAUAACAACCAGGUGGUUGUAGCUGUGGAUGGCAGUGAUGAAGACAUCAUCACAUAUGAUGACAAACUGUUUGGUCAACCGCAGCGGUAUCAUGCGUAUGUACUGUACGCUAAAGAGGAUAAGGAUUUUGUUGAUGAACUGCUUAUACGAAUGAGAAGUGAAGGGUUUAAGAUUUGUACAGAGGAAGACUUGGUGGCGGGACACGCCACUCAGUUCCAGCCAGUGUCACGACUCAUCUCCGAGCGCUGCCGUUACAUUGUGCUGAUCUACUCUCCGGACUUCCUGAGGAGUCCUGCUAUUAAUUUUUGCAUGAACCUUGCGCAGGCGGAUGCUAUAAGCAAGCGGCAGAGCAAGAUAAUUCCGGUGAUGUACCGCCAGUGCGUGCUGCCCGACCACAUCGCGCACUACCACAGCUUGCGCUACAGCGAGCCCGGCCCGCACUCCUUCUACAAUUUCUGGGAGCGCUUGUCGCAGUCGCUGCGCAUCGUGGACACGCCGAGAUUAAACAGCUCCAGUUCUACUCACUCUGCCAUGAACAUUGCUGAACUAUCGCAGAGCCUCAAUAAUGGAUACCAAAGAGUCAAUGGUUAUAAAGAGCAUCAACUUGCUCUACCGAGCGUACCCACUGAAACAUCUAGCAUGACUGAUUUAUACCAUCUCCAAGUGAACUAUCCAAACUCCUAUGAAACAAAGUCCUUAGGCAACAUGAGCCAGACCAGCGAAGGGAAGAAGAAGAAAUCUGGACCAAUUACAAAAAUCAUCAAUACCUUCAGGGGCAAGAAACAUAAAAAAGCCAUUGCUGUGGAGAACUGAGCCAAAACAAUGAUCCAAAGGAGUUAUUUUUUUUACAAUGUAAUUGACUGUGAGAAAAAGGGUUCAGUUGUUGAUAAAAGAAAACCUUGACUAUGAGGUGAGAUUUUGCAAAUAAUGAGUAAUAAUGAUAUUAAGAAAUCAUUCAAUUUAAAAAGACCACUACAAUACUAACAGUCAUAAUAUAACUUGUUGAUACUGAUGUUUCUUGAUAAAAGCUUAAACAUAAUAUAAGGGAUAUGACCAUAUAGAAGGAUAAUUUAUAGUAUCUAUAUCAAAAUCCAACAACCAAAAUCAUGUUUAAUUUCAUUGAUUAUGUGAGGUGGUAACAGUCAUCGACACAUCACAUAGACAUCAUUUAUUUUGCAUUUAUUACAUUAGUCUGCUUCAAAUCCUCCAUAACUUAAAUGUCUUCCAAUUGUAAAAAGUUAACAUAUAUACAUAUAUAGAUUAAUAUUUUUUGAUAUUGUUGUUAUCCAAUUAUGAGAUGGAGACUUGAAUAAUUCUCUAAUAAGAGUAUAAUGAGAGAGAACUCUUAUUAGUUUUUUUUAAACAGAGUUAAGCAAAUGGUACUACAUGUAUUCAUAAAUGAGCUUGUCCUAGGGAAGUCGAUUUUAGGGAAUAGUUUUAUUGACUAUAUCUAUGAAAUAUCCUUAAUCCAUAUGGUCUUGGAUAAAAGUGAGUUGAAUAGCAAAGUUGAUCGUUCUUAAGUUGUUCAAAAGAUACAUAUUAUAUUUUUAUAUGUGGUAAAUUUUUUAUGUAAACCUUUUUACAACCUUUUUUUGGACCGCUUUACAAUUAUUGUACUUUUAUUCAUCAUGUCAAGUAUAUUUAUUACGAGCACAUGGAUAAUGGUUUUUUAAUCAGUGCUACAAUGAGAAUAAUGAUUUAUAUCUUUCACAGGAACCAUGUCUUGUUACUUCAUAGUAACAUUUACUGUCAAGCGGUCCAUUAAAUAAAUAUAUAUAUACAAAAUUUCGUAUGAUAUACAUAAGUCUUUACAAUUUAUUAUAUUGAAAAUAUAUGUAUGUGUACAGUGUAACCUUUGA